UUUCAGCAGCCGGCAGCUGUAACAGAAGCUAGAACAUCUCUCUCAAUGAAGCCUGUAUCCCACACCCCUUCUCUCACCGUCCUCGACAGCUAGUGGACUGUGCCAUGUGCGCAUUCAUAACGGCAACACAGAACGCCGAGGCUCUAGUUGUCGUCGCUACUGUAGGUGUGUCGCGGCGCCUUAUGAAGGAGUAUACGUUGGAUUGGCGUUGCCUGUGAUUAUCCCGCGGUCAAUAAGACACACAUUGCAGACGAUGUCACGACGUUCCUGUCAACACGAUUAAUGACGAAUCUUCCGAAUAGGACUGCUAACAUCCGUGGAAAUACUGGCAGCUGGUGUCCGGCGGCUUGACGUUGCUUUGCGGCGACGUGGACAUGGGGUAUAACGCGAGCAUGACGUCCUGGAACAUGUCCGACGACGAGCACCACACUAACUCGGCAUACACCUGCAACAACUCGUCGUCUGUGGUGAAGACCGUCCCGGAGAUGCCGCUGUACAUACUGGUGACGUCAACACUUCUUUACGUCAUUAUAUUUCUCACUGGCACCGUCGGGAACAGCGUGGUUGCAGCCGUGGUGGGACUGCACCACGACAUGCGCACUUCUACCAAUCUGUUCCUGGUGAACCUGGCAAUCGCGGACUUGAUGGUGAUCACCGUGUGCAUGCCCACGGCCCUGGUGGAUAUAUACGCCAAGGAUAUCUGGCAUUUCGGGGCUAUAAUGUGCACUCUUGUCCCGAUGUUAGAGAGCUGUGCGGCCCAUGCCUCAGUGUUGACGAUGAUGGUGAUCGCCAGUGAGAGGUUCCAGGCCAUCUGCCACCCCCUCCGUAUCAGGGACACCAAGAUCUACUCCAAGUCCAUGAAGCUGUUCAUCGUUCUGGUCAUCUGGUUCAUCUCCAUGCUGUCCAGCAUGCCUUUCCUGGGAAUCUCAGUGUACCGGGACUCUCGCUACUACGACGGGACUCCUAUCAAAGUUUGCAGACAAUCCAUCGUCCUACCCUGGCAGAAGGGCUACGUAGUUUGUCUGUUCGUGGUGUUCUUUACCCUGCCGUUUGUGGUUCUGGCUAUUCUAUAUCUCGUCAUAGCGCGGGCGCUGGUGCAGGAGUUCCGGUUCAGUGACAAGCUGGAUGAACAGAGAUGUCACAGCAAGAACAAGGCCAGGAGGAAGGUUGUCAUCAUGUUGGUGGUAAUAACUCUUCUCUUCUUCUUCUUCCAUCUUCCCUUCAGGACAGUGAGCCUGUGGAUGAUCUUCGCCAAUCCCUCCAAGAUCAGAGCUCUGGGGUUUGAGGGGUUCUGGAACCUGCUGUGUUUUGCAAGGAUUAUGUUCUAUCUUAACAGUUGCACUAACCCUGUUGUGUAUAGUCUCAUAUCAACUAAGUUCCGACAAGCCUUCAUCAGGACCUGCCUGGGUAAGAGACGCAAUGUGUCUAGGGAAAACACAUACACGACGGCUGGCACACACAUCUCCCUCAAAGUGAUGCACAAGUGACUAGCACAUAUAUGUGGCAUCACGUCUAACAAGGCAAAAAGUGAUUCCAUCUUAUGAUAUUGACUAACUGAGGAUGGACUUUGCUGCAGGACAUUCUGCAGCACAUUCGUGACGAUUUUGCUGCCGGACAGUGUACAAACACAAACAUUCUUUAGGACGUCUUUCCAGUGGGAAAGUG